UGCAAUCGGAGUGCGUUGCAUUACAUUCGUCACCAUUUGUUACCAGUUACUUCGAAGUGCUUGGAGUGUUUAUUAUAUCUGGAAAAUAUUACGGACAAUGGCAGAAGCACAGAUAACAAUCUCUGAAGUUGUAAAACGCGAGUUACAGGAAGCUGUCUCAAGUGGUGGUGUUGCGAAAUUGAAAGAUCUAAUCAAUAAGAAAAACAACGAAUGGAAAGAGAUUCCUCUUAAUAUUGCAAUAACAGGCGAAUCUGGAGUUGGAAAGUCAAGCUUCAUCAAUGCGAUCCGUGGUAUUACUGCAGACGAUGACGGCGGUGCUCAUGUCGAUGUCGUUGAAGCAACUAGAGAAAUAAAACCAUACAAACAUCCUAAAAAUAGCAGCAUGGUCCUCUGGGAUCUUCCCGGAGUCGGAACACCGCGAUUUCCCAGGAGCUCCUAUCUGACACAAGUGAACUUUGAGAAGUACGACUUUUUUCUUAUACUUUCAGCUGCUAGAUUUAGAGAAGAUGAUCUUUGGUUGGCUCAAGAAAUCCAGAGCCUUAAAAAGAACUUUCAUUUUGUGCGCACGCAAAUGGAUGUUGAGGUGGACAAAGAUAAGAAAGGGCAUCCAAAAACGCAUUCAAAAAGCAAUGUCAUCGAAAAAGUUAGAAUCGAUUGCCUCAAAAAUCUCAAAGAGCAUGGCCUCUCAAAAGCCUCUGUAUUUCUGAUCGACAACUACUCUCCUAUGGACUUUGAUUUUGAUGCAUUAACUAGAACGCUGAUCGAUGAAGCCCCCGGACACAAGAGAGAAGCAAUGAUACUUUCAAUGUCUGUUCUUACAGAUGGGGUUAUCGAAAUGAAAGUGGAAGCCCUCAAUGAGAGAAUUUUCAAGGUUUCUGUGCUCUCGGCGGUUGGUGGUGCAAUACCAAUACCUGGAGUAGGAGCUGCUCUUGAUAUUGCACUUCUGGCUGGGGAGGUGGCUUUCUAUAAAAAUCAGCUUGGACUUGACGCUGAGACAAUUGAAGAACAUGCAAGAUAUCUAAACACGGAGUCUAGGGAGUUACAGAAAAAGUUAGGCCUGCAAAGUUUUGGGCUGGCUACGACUGCUAAAGGUAUUGCACAAAGCGUUUCAAGUAUAGCAGCUUCUGAGGCGCUUGAAAGCACCCUGCCCUUGGCAAUCCCGAUUAUAGGCAGUAUUGUAUCAGCGGGAAUUUCAUACGGUGUAUCCGUUGCGAGUCUUAAGUAUUUUCUUGGUAUUUUGUCAGAGGAUGCCAGAAAAAUAAACGCAGAAUUGCUGAAAAAAUCUUUGCAAUAAAUAUGAUGAAUAGGACACAAUACUAGCAGAAUGAAAUGUUAUAUAAUUUCAAAAUGGAAGAAAUAUUCGAUAAACAUUUUCGGUCCUUACAAAGAAAGGCAAACGUUAUUUACUUUUUGUCGAAGGGAAUAAUUGACAUUAACCAAAAGAAAUUUUUGUGCAAUGCAUGACAUGUAAAUAGCCUACUCAAAAUAGUCGCGCUUGACUGCUGUUGUUUAAUGAUGAAAAAUGCAAAACUUCAUAUUACAUUAAGUUGAUUCUAUCACCGAUCCCAUUAAAUACGAUUUAAAACAACACUUCAAAGUGUAAAGUAAAAGCAGUCGAUGGUAUAUGAUACAAUCACUCGCUAGGAAUAUGUUGAAACAGACUAAACUGAGACGGAUCUCUGUGCUAAUUUUCGCUUAUGUUUGUUGCUUUUAUUUUUCUUAUUCACGUUUUUGUCGUAAUCGAGCGCGAUUUACAAACCGUAACCAAUUUGCACAUGAGCUUUACGUGUACGUUGUUUUUUUAAAUAAUCGGCCAACUUUGCAAAACUGUGAGACUGCAGUAUAUGGUAUUAAAGCUUGACUAGUUCGUGAUGUUUGAAAUGUUUACAUAUGAAAUAUCAGCUCUACUAUAAAAUACGGCUUCAACGAAGCAAUUUAGAUUUUAAGAGCAAAAUAAAUCUUAUUUUGCAUCGUUUUUCAUUUUUUUCUAAAUCUGUAUGAAUUAUGUAGAAUCUAAUUUCAUUGUUUUACUAGAAAAUAUGUUAAAGACACAACUAGAUUUGUAGCAAAAUAAAAGGAGAGAAAGGAAGUUUAAAAAACAAAACAAAACAAACAAACAAAAAAAAAACAAACAAAAGAAACAUUAACUAAUAUAUUGAAAAUACAUUUGUAAUUAUAUUCACAGUAGGAAAUUGGUUUGGUAAUUUGAUAAAUAGAUCAACCAUCCUUUGUCCAGAAGAUUUUAUGAGACAUUCAAAAACACUAUUUGUGUACAAGGAUCAAUAAAUCUGGCAUGAUUUGAUUUUAUUAUAGAAUGAUAUAAGUAAAUUUGUGUCCAUCUAGAUGGCUUUUUUUUUUUGUUCUUGUAAGAGAUGUAUAUCUAUCGUCUGUUGUAAGGCUGGUCGACAUACUGUAUGCAACUGGAAUUCUCAGGCAAGUAGUCAUGCCCAAAAACGGCUCCUUCGUCCAUUUCCGAAAACUAGUAAACAAGUUAUAUAGAGGCGGCAAGCGAUGUAAGUUGUACCAAUAAUAUAAUAAAUGUAAACAAAAGCAAUACAGCUCACCAAAAUAGGGCUUAGAACUAUCGCUUUAAAGGUGUCUGUUAUUGGUAAGGUUCAAAUGAUCGCAACGCUAAUCACGCCAAAAAUCACAUACGCCUUUUAUUCAUUGGAAUACCAAAACCCACAGUUGAGAGAUUAGCAAGCUGAUAUUUUAUUCUCUAUGGAAGGAUUAACGAAAUAAAAAAUAGAAAUAACUAAAACAUAUAUGCAUCGAAUCUGCCAAGAUUCUAUAAAAAAUCUUGAUUUUUAUGUAGAUUUGAGGAUACGUGCUGGACUUCAGGCCGUUAUCAGGUAAAUACACAAAAACUUGACACGUUUACCGUAUUCAAAGUCUAGCAGUUCAAAAUCGAAAUUCCGUAGCGUAUCACCAAAUCUGAUUAGGUCUGGUUUGAACCAAAUAUUUAUUUCCAUAUUUGAACUAAUGUCUCUCGUUACAUUGUAUUUGUGUAAAACGUAUUAGAUUCGUACUAUUGAACCAUUUGUAUAAACUCUUUGGUCCGUGAUUACUUGAAUAUCAAUAAUGAUGUUGCAAAAUAAACAACUCACGUGGCAAUUCUGAGGAUAGACUACCUGCAAGUCUGAUUCCUUUUGUUAAUAGCAAAUUUCCUAUAGGCACACUUUUGUAAACGUUUAAAUAAAACAGUUGUAAAUGAUAAUUAGUUGUAUAUCACCAAAUAAUAAAAAUGCUUACUUAGAAAAU